UCCAGUAGGCGAUGGGUUGCAGCGCCGCCAAGAACCUGGCCGUGGAGCCGCUGAACGGGGGCGCUUCUAUGGGCAACGGUGAAUCGCAGCUCGGCGAAGUGCGGAAGGUAUCGGUGACGAGGCGCGCGUCCGAGGUGCCCGCUCUGGAGGGAGUCGAACCCCAAACGGAGAUGCUCGAGAACGGAACGGUGAACAAUAUGCACGAGAAAUCGAACGGACUGUCGUUCGAUAUAGCUUUUGGUGAGGAAGCUGACGAGAGUAUAAUCAAGAAGCAUCCGCCGAAGAGGUUCCAACGUCUCGAGGAGCAGCAGCAGGAGGAGACGCCGAAUCUCUCGCUGGCCAAGCUGCAGGAGAAACUCGACGAGGCUGAAAUCCGAAGACAACAGAUUUUGAAGCAGAGGGUGGCUUCCGCCAAAGUGCGUACAGCGAUUCGCAGACAGAACAAUGUGAACAACGAUGACGGUCUGCCGGAACCCUCCGACCUACUCAACGUUCCUCCAGACAUCCCGAAAACCCCUUGAAUAAGUUGCACAUCUCUUCCCUACAUUCAGAUCCGUUCCAUAUCGAUGACCGAAUUCGGUGAUAUUAGAACAAAAUCGAUUAUUUUAAUUGUAUGCGCAACUUCUUUUUUCUUUAUACAACUGCAGUGAAA